AUGUUCAGAUUCUGCCAUAGGAGACAGCACGGACCGCAAGGAAGCACAGUCGCUAAACUUUUGUCUGUUUCUCUCCCUGUGGAAAAACUGCGCCGUGAUCGGAUCAACAGCAGCAUCGAGCAGCUGAAACUUCUGCUGGAGAAGGAAUUCCAGAAACAUCAGCCCAACUCCAAGCUUGAGAAAGCAGAUGUUCUGGAGAUGACUGUCAGCUACCUGAACUAUAGCCAAACGAUGGCUCUGUCUCCUGAAAACAUAACCCAGGAUUAUAGCAAAGGUUAUUCCUCCUGCUUGAAAGAAACACUGCAGUUCCUGGCUGCUCAUUCGGCAAACACCGAAACCCAGCUCAAACUCCUGAACCACUUCCAGAAGCCCUGGGCAGCCGCUGCCAAAGAGGAGGCCUCUUCUUCAGCUCCUUCUUCAGCCCGGCAACUAACCCCCAAAAAGGCAGCACCGAAGCCCUCCCACACAUUGUGGAGGCCUUGGUAG